AUGAAUGGCUUGCAAAUGCACUUAGCCCCUCAUAUUUUGGCCAAUUUGGAGACAUUUUCACAAGUGGGUGUGGUGGGUUUCGGAACAAGGUCUGAACUUUCUAUUCGACAUAAUUGGAGGCAAAUGGGUGAACAAAACAUGCAUAAUUUGGGUAUUGUAAAUGAUGAAGAAGAAGAUAUUGAAAGCGCGUAUUCACGGAAUAAUUGGGAUCCAAAAUUGGAAGUUGGGAAAAUUUUCUCUAGUAAGGAAGCCCUGUCCAACAAGUUACAGUUGGCGGCAGUGAGAGAUCCAUGCCCAUGGCGGCCUCGUGCAUCUAGUUAUGGAGAAAAGAACUUCUUGAUUGUGAAAUAUAAUCCGGUCCAUGAAUGUGAUAUGGGUUUUAUACAUGACAAGCAUUGUCAUGCAAGUGCUAAACUCGUUGGUAAUGCAGUGAAGCGGAAGUUGAAAGAUUCUCGCACAAUAUACACACCAAUCAUUGCUGUGGAUGCCACGCAUUUAAAAUGUAAGUAUAAGGCUGUUCUCUUUGUUGCCAAUGCAUUUGACGGAAAUCGAAAUAUAUAUCCUCUUGCUUUUGGAAUUGGGGAUUUAGAGACGGAUGCAUCAUGGCAUUGGUUUUUCAGUAAGCUUCAUGAAGCCAUUGGUGAGUGUCCAAAUCUUGUGAUUAUUUCUGAUCAGAAUAUUAGCAUAGAGACUGUGUGGCACAACAUUUUUCCGACGGGGCAACAUGGCAUAUGCUUUUACCAUAUGAAGGGGAACAUGAAACGCACUUUCAAAUUGAAAAAACAUGAUAAAUUAUUGCUAUACCUUGAACAAGCUACGAAAUCUUAUGGUAUCGCUGAAUUUGAUCGUCAUUUUCGCAAGAUCAAGGGAAAUGAUGAGGUUGCUCAAUAUCUUGAAAGUGCAGGAUUACACAAGUGGUCUAGAGCUCACAUGGAUGGACGUCGAUAUAAUGUAAUGACAACAAAUAUUGUGGAGUCAAUCAACUCAGUCCUUCGGUUUGCAAGGAUGCUACCAGUGGUGCAUUUGAUUGAUGAAAUCAUCAAUUUGCUUGUCAAAUGGUUCAGUAAACGUCGUGAUUUUGCUUUGAAAUGUACAUCAACAUUGUGCCCUGACUUUGGCGAGAAGAAGCUGAGACGCAGGUUAGAAUGUGCUUCAAGGAUGAAUUUCGUGAAACUGAAUCACGUAGAGUAUAAUAUCGUGGAUGGUGAUAUGGACGGCCACGUACAUUUGACGAAUAACACUUGCAGUUGUAGGAAGUUUCAACUUGAGCAACUACCUUGCAAGCAUAUACCAUCUACCUGGUACAGCCUCAAGAGCUAUGGGUUAUUCCUGAAGAUGUCCAAAGUAGAGUUGUGCGUCCUCCCAAUGCAAAGGUCCAGGCCAACGAAAAAAGAUAAGGAUUCCCUCGCAAGGAGAGGAUAUCAUACGGAGAAAAUGCUCAAUGUGCAGUGGCACAUGCCACAAUAA